AUGCCGACUAUAAGCGGUGUAUUGUUAGACACUGAAGAUGAACCUAUCAGCGGGAAAAACUUUAAACAUUCAAAAAAUCGUAUUGAGCGGGAUGUAAGUCAUUUAAGGAAAGAAAAAUGGACGGUAAAUCAUAAAGUUUAUCUACAAACCUACCCCGCUUUAAGUGUUCAACCGCUGGAAUCUGCCACACUCUCUAUGACGUCCGCUACGUACCAAGCCAGAAGUUGUGUUGAUAAUUAUAAGUAUGCCAAUAUUGUAAACACGACAUUGGUCAAACGCAGCAAGCGCAGUGAACAUAACAUUGUGGUUGAAGAAGUCAGUGACGAUAAACAAUGGGAUUCGAAAAAUGGGUUCUAUCACAUAUCGGAACCGGACAGAGGUCCUAUGCAGGGAAUCGAUGAUGAUAUUGUUGAAAGACCGGCAAAUAUUAUGCAUGAAAAAGAAACACCAGAAAUGUUCGUCACUAAGUCAUUAAGUAAUGAAAUUUCUAAAGCUGAUGAAAGAAGUCAUCUAAAAAAAGUGAUUCGUUCAAAAAUUUCGAAUUUCAAAGAAAACGAAUUAAAAUCGGGAAGAAAUAAAUAUUCCGAAAAACAUAAAACAAGCCCUUCAUCUCCUAGAACUAAAGAAACUAAAGCUCCUGUAACAAAGAAGCGAUUUGAAGAUAAAUAUGAGGAAAAUCUAGAUUCGAAAGAAAAGGAUGGAGAAUCUGAAAGAGACUAUGCUGUUUACGAGAUCGGUCAUCCAGAGCUUUGGUACACAGUGCACGUGCAGCUGUUUGAAAAAUUAAGUACGCCUGACGGAAAAACUGUAUGGAAUGACUUGACCAAAGGGGAGCUAGCAAGUGUAAGUUCCACGUCUCCGGAAUGGACUGGGCAGGAUCUGAACGUCCGUUAUCGUCCUGCUGAGUGGAUACCCAGAGACGAGUUUUCUUUGCCAUCCAGCAGCCUAUGUCUUUUAGCACCUAUUCGUUCAGGAGAAGCCUCUGCUUAUAACGAUAACGGCACUAAGCUGAAUGGUGACUCUGACGACGAAGGCUACAUCGUUCUCCCUGAAGAAGACGUAGUAGGGUUGAAAGAUGAUGAUGGAAACAUUAAGCGACACAACGACAACAACUCCGAUUCUGAAUACAUUUCGAGGUCUGAGGAACAAAGGGAACGGGGUCGCCGAAGAGUGGUCGUGCGCACAUCUAGAGCAUUACUCACUGGAAAGGAGGAAAAAGUCAACAUUGCAUGCCAGGGUGCCAACAAAUACCUAACGAUACCACAUCGACGGCCACAUCACGCUCAGAUUGAUUUAGAGGCACGAGCUGAUGAGAAUGAGCUCGUUCGUGUCGGUGCAUCGGGACGAAUUGCAAUUGCUGUUGCGGAUAGCUCUCGUAAAACACGGACUGUUAUUACGCUUCAAGUCGGAAACACGGGAUUAGCUGCUGCCCGGUUCAGGGUCAUCACGCGGGACUGUGGACCAGCUUUGUCUGAUCUGAUAAACGAAAAAAAUAAACCAGUGACAAUGGCGGGACCGGUGCUGAUCCCUCCGCGACAUACACGGACUCUGAGGUUGGAGUUGCCGAUCGAGAUUCCUGUGGAUGUCGCUCAAUGUUCAGUAUCGUUGGUGAACGAUGAGGAAAAGUCCGUCGCAGUAAGAGAAGUGUCUGUGAAAAAGGGAGACCGAUGUUUUUGCGUGUGGCACUGUGACUGUGUCUGUCUCACUGAUGAUCCCAGGUUACUGUGCCGUGAAAUGGCAGAAGCUCGUCAAUCAGCUGCUGGCCUGUCCAAUCGUGAUAGAACUCGACAUGCUCGGUCAGCUUGUUACAAAGACGUGGUCACGCUCAACAUAUUUAUCAUCUUUACAGGCGUUAUUGUGGCGCUUUUGUUGCUAGGUUGCAUAAAGGCCAUUUUGGGGCUAAUCUUCAGUUGUAUUGGAAUGUGGGGCUUAGACCAGAUGGUGCAGCUCCCGCGAAAAAUCGAUCGUUAUUAUGAAGGAAAUCUUCGGUGUCGGCCAGUUGAAUACGACUGCGAAGGAUACCCUAUCCACCCUGACUCCAGAGAGAGGACCGUUCGUAUGAUAAGCAGAUCCGUGGAAUUUAUCCUCAACGUGAUAUUCUUUGUCAGCGUCCCUUGCAUUAUCAUAUGUGAUGCGAUCAAGGAAAUGAUUUCACGUUGCAGAAACCAGUGCACACAAAACCCUUGUUGUACGUCGACCUCCAAGAACGACACUAAAAAGUGUUUUAGCAGCCAGGACAUGCAGGGGAUGGCGGCGCUGCGGUGGCGGCGACGUCGCGGUGGCCUACGUAGGUGGAUGACACCUGAGGCACAAGAACUCUCCAAAGAGCUCUGGAAGCAAGGCCUCACACCGAUCAAAUGUGAAUUUAUGCGACCCCUUUUGCGCGAUGGUCGGCACAUCGACUCCGCCACGCAACGAGAACAGCACGACGACUCGUGCGUGGAUUCUGAGCAAGACGACACUGACUACGUUCUCACGCAGAUGCAGAAAAGUAGAGAAUCAUUAUCGAUAUUGAAGCAAAAGUCAAAACCGUGAGUCCCGCGGCGGUAAUAAUAGUUUUACGUAUAAAGAUGCUGAUAGACCUGAGCAUCCACUGGUAAGAGAACAUGGAUUCGAAUCGAUCUGAAUAACGAACCGAGACGAACGUAAAGCUAAACAUUUCAAUUCAACCUACAAACAAACGUUUUCACUGGCAUAUUAUCUAGCGAACGCUAGUCAAUGUCAGUUUUGACGAAACUUAACUGUCCUUUGCCAGUGCCAGAAUGCUCGGCAGAACGUUCGAUGGAAUGCUUGCCAGAGUGCUUUAAUACAAUGUUCGCUAGAAGCUCUCGUUAUUUUUCUUUAACAUUUCGUGUGUCUAAGACGUGGAUCCACGCGAGACACAAUGUAUUUUCUAUUGUGUCUCAUAUCGGUGCAUUCAAAAGGUUAAAGGGAAAGUUUCUUAAUGUAACACAAGAAUGCCCUUUACUAGUGAAUGAUUAUGUUUAUCAGCACCUUAAAGAAAUUUGUAUCUAUCCUGUCCUUUGUGCGCGUAAGAAGAGUCCUGCAACCUGAAGGGUUCUGAAAUCCCUAAAUCGAUAAAAUUUAUUUUCUCUUUCAAAUUAAGUAAAACAGGACAACACCCUUCCUACAGUCGGGAAAUAACACUUCGUUUUGUUGUUAUGUAGGGACUUACAAUUUAAGAGAUUGGUUUCUGUUAUGGCGGACUUGUGUUAUUAGGUUUAUAUAAAUACAGAGCCGUAUUAUCCCUAAGGCAAACUAAAUAAGCAACUACGGGGGAAUCGCGAGGAGCGUGCCUAUCUGACCAUAGUGGCGCCUAUGAGAUGCUUGCCUAGGCCACUCGCUAGGUUUAAUACGCCUCUGGGUUAAUUCUAUAAUAUUUUUUAGUAAUUGUAUUUCCAAC